AUGGAGGUGCUGAAGAAGGAGGUGAGAUCGCUGCUAAUGGCUGCCAAAGAGGGCUUAACCCCAGCACAACUGGAGCAGGAGUACGUGACCAUGAUUGGCAAACCUCUCCCUCUACGUGACCUGGGCUUCCAGUCUACCUUGGAGCUGGUAGCAGAUAUGCCUGAGGUUGUCAGAGUCUGUCCUUAUGAGAAAGGCACUUUUAUCCUCAAAGCAGUUGCAGAUGAGACCACCAAAGCGAUUGCCAAACUGGUUGCCAGACAGAGGAGAAGUGCCAGGGCACGGAAGAGUGCUGCUGUGAAGGCAGAUGCUGCUGCUCCCUCUAAGAAUCCACAGAGUUUCCCUGGGAGGGGCAGGGCUCCCAUCCUGCCAGCAACCGUGAAGGCUGAGCUGCAGGAUCUGCUGAGUUCCUCACCACUUCUGCUGUUGGACUUUGAUAAGGCCUUCUUCAGACGCUUUGGCCGGGCGUUCCAGUACACGCAAUACGGAUUUUUCUCCAUGUUUGAAGUCCUUAGAAGCGUGUCUGAUGUCAUUGUGGUUGAGCAGACAAGAGCAGGUUCCUUGCUGACCCUGAAGAAGUACCGGGCAAGUGAGAUAGAGAAGGAAGAGAUGCCGCAAGGUGAGCCUCAAGAUUUGGAGCAGUCCCUGCUAGCCAAGUUGAUAAUGACUCCAGAAAUCCCCCCAGAUGCUGUUUUGGACAGAAGCCUUUGCAGUUUACCACCACUGGAGAGAAGGUGCUUGGUAGGAGUCUUUGUGGAAUUCAUCAUCUCUCCUAGCCAGUUCUACAUCCACAUCUGCAGCAGGGAAGCAUCUGAUAAACUGCAGGAUAUGAUGAUUGAGAUGAGACACUGUUACUCAAAUAAACUUGUUUCUGAUCGCUAUAUCAUGCCUGAGUCUUCAGUACAGCCUGGACAGCUUUGCUGUGUAACAGUCUCGAAAUGGUGGUACCGCGUUAUCAUCCAUCGUGUGAUCAAUGACCAAGAAGUAGAGGUGUUCUACCCAGAUUACGGAAACCUCGAAAUUGUCCGGAAGUCUUGGCUGAGAUUCCUCAAGUGGUGCUACUUGAAGCUCCCUGCUCAGGCCAUCCCAUGUUCCUUGGCAUGGGUAAAACCCGUGGAGGGUACGUGGUCCAAUGCAGCAACUCUCCUAUUCAAGAAGCUGUGUGGCUCCAAGCUACUUGUGGGCAUCGUGGAUGAGUACGUGAAUGGCAUUUUGCAUCUCUUCCUGUGCGACACAUCCACUGAGGAGGAUGUCUACUUCCACUGUGUCUUGAGAGACAGGGGAUGUGCUGAUGUCUGUGGAGAGAACAUUCCUUCCCAGGGAUUCAAGGAACUGAAUCCUUCAGCCUUGUAUGUUCAGCCCAGUGGAAAGCAGGAGAAUGCUGAACUGCAGUGGCACCUGUCUGGUAAGAAGGAGACACGGGAUGAUGUGCAGCCGCUUUUGGAUGAAGUGAGUGUGCCAAGAGCAACAAACCAAGACCCCAAACUUGCACAGGAGAAUAGAAAAGAAACUCCUACAGAGCUUCUGGCAGUGGUUAAGACACCUCAUUCUCUUGGAGAGUCCUCAGUGCCUGCUGUCUUAUUCAAGUCAGUGGAAGACUUUUACACCUCCUUUAUCUACUCCAAGCAACCAGCAGAAAUGAGACAAGAUGACCCUGAUCAGAUAGAAAGAUUUUCCAACAAGGCCCAACUUCGUGAAGCUGUACAUCCCUCUGUUCUACUUAUGGCAAUACCGUUUAUGCUGGACAACCGUAACAAUGAAGAGAAAAUGAAGAACAAAGACCUUCCCGGGAGUCUUGCAGUUGGCCUGUGCAGUGCCAGUGGGCUGUCUGACCAAAGGCCAUCUCAGAAACUGUGUGUCCCUCCUACCACGCUAUCUGCGGUGUUGGCAGCUGCACGCUUAGCCUCUUCCAGUGACUACUUCCAGUGGGCCCCAAGCCUGAGAAAGAAGGUGUGA